GUUGUAACCUUCACUGAUCAGCUUCAUCGGUUCAAACCAGCACAAAAUAACAAAAUGUAAGACCUUUUAUUGCUACUCGGCAGGCGGCUAUGGAUAUCACAGCAAAGUACUGCCAUAAAGAGAUGGACGCCUACGGGUCAUGUGUGGCCUCCAACCCAUCAGCAUGGCAGGAGAAGUGUCACCAACUCAAAGUGAAGGUUGCACAGUGCACAUCAUCCCAUCCGGUGAUCCAGAAGAUCAGACGAGACUGUUCCAUGCAGUUUGUGGAGUUUGAGAAGUGUCUCAGGGAAAACCAGGGCACGGCUGCCUCCUGUUCGGCCCACGUGGCCCGCUUUCUCGGCUGCGCUGAGACGGUAGAUCUCAGUGGAGUGGACACAAAUCCAGUACCGGUGCCAUCGUAGCGUUCGGCCUCUUUUUCAACACUCAUCCCAAAGAAAAUAUUUCCACCAUGUUUUUCUUCAACUUUG